AUGGAAAUAAUAGACGAUUUACUGGCAAGCGAUGUUGGGGAAGGAACGAGGAGCAGUUUUGGUGAUACAAUAAAUCUUUCUGCGGGGGAUGCUAGGGACGUGGAAAACUUCUACAGCACAGUACUCGCUACUGCCAAACUUCGGGGAGAUAAAGCUGCUGAAGAAGAAGCGUAUGGUAUUCUUGGUUUGGUUUUUCUGACUCAGCGUGACUACAACAACAGCAUAGAAUAUUUCAGCCGCGCUCUUGAUAUUGCCAAGGAAUUGGGAGACAAGAAAAAGGAAGCAGAUUAUUGUCAAUCUCUUGGCGAUGUUUUCCUAAAAGUCGGCAAUUUCAAUAAAGUGAUUGAGUACCAAAAAGUUGCACUCAGUAUUUCAGUUGAUCUGAGAGAAAAACGUAUCGAAGGUAAUGCUUAUAACGGUCUUGGCAACGCUUUUCGAGGUUUGUGUAGGUAUAAAAAAGCAAUAGACUACUACAACCGCUGUCUCAGUGUUGCCAAAGAUUUGGAUGACAAGUCAUUACAAAUAACUGCGUAUUUCAACCUCGGUCAUGCUUUUGACAAUCUUAGUGACUAUAAACAAGCCGAAAUUUUUAACAACCAAUGUCUUAGCAUCGCCAAAAGUUUAGGAGACACGUCUGGAGAGGGAUUGGCGUACACAAAUCUCGGCAAUGUCUAUUCUGGCCUUGGUGAUUACAUAAAAUCCCAAGAAUAUUACAGCAGGUCCCUUAGUAUUGCCAAAAAUACAGGAAACAAGGGGGAAAUGGCAUAUUUGUAUGGACGCCUAGCCAUUGCUUCCCUUAAUCUUGGAGAUACAAAAAACGCAAUGAAAUAUGCCAAUCUGCAUCUUACUGGUGCCAAAGAAAUGGGAAUCAAAGAUAUGGAAGGAGGUGCGUACAGCACCCUUGGACAUAUUUAUAACAAGCUUGGAGACUUUAAUAAGUCCAUAGAAUACUACAAUCGCCGCCUUGAUAUUUGCAAAGCUGUUGAAGACUUGGAAGCAGAAGGUGGGGCGUAUGGUGGCCUUGGUUGUGUUUUUGACAGCCUCGGGUAUUUCGAAAAAGCCAUUGACUACCACAAGCAACAUCUUCGUAUUGCUGAAACCAUUGGAGAUAAAGAUGGGGAAGGAAUUGCAUAUGGUAAUCUUGGCAACGCUUAUCUCGGCCUUGAGGACUUCCCUGCAGCCCUCCACUUCUUUGAACACCGCCUUAGAAUUGCGAAAGACCUGGGAGAUAAGGCAGGGGAAGGUCGUGCAUAUGGCCAUCUCGGUGGCACUUUUCAACGGCUGGGCAACUACAAGAAAGCCAUGGACUAUUACAAUCGGCGUCUCUGUAUUGCCCAAAAACUGGGAGACAAGGCUGGGGAAGGGGCUGCCUGUGGCUAUUUAGGAUCCAUUUCCCUGCUUCUUGGCGACUACACGAUAGCCAUUGGUUGGAACGAAAAAUGCCUCAGAAUCGCUACACUUCUGGAGGACAAAAACAUGGAAGGUAAAGCAUACAGUGAGCUUGGACGAUGCUUUGAGAAGCUGGAAAGUUUAUCGAAAGCACUCGAAAACUACCGAACAAGCGUUAAAGUUUUCAAUCAAAUGAGGAGUCUUCUUCAGUCUCGAGAUAAAUGGAAGAUAGGAUUUCGGAACGAGUGUAACUAUGCUUAUACAGGCCUUUGUAGAGUUUUGUUAAAACAAGAAAAGAUUGGUGAAGCUCUGGCUGCUGCCGAAGAAGGUCGGGCCCAGUCACUAGCUGAUCUUAUGACAUCCCAGUAUGGUUUUCGAGAAAGUCAAACCGAAGGAAAGCGACUAGACGAAGAAGAAUUCAGCAUGUUAAACAAUAUUUCAUCAAGCACUAUUUUUCUAUCUGUGUCAGAAAAUAAGAUAAAUAUCUGGUUAAUUUUGAAAGAGAAACCUGUUCUUCACCGACAGAAGACACUUUGCCGCCACUCUUCAGAAAAUGCAGCAGCUGAAACAUUACAGUCCCUAAUCCAACUUGCCCUCGAAAACAAUGGUGUUCGCGCAAAUGUUAACUGCGAGAAUCGAUCCUUGGAUGUGUUACGCGAAAACUGCUACACUUUGGAGCGGUCGUCCAAAAAGUGCUCACAGCAUAUUCUCCAAGAGGAUAACCCUCCCCUAGCCGCCUUGUACAGCUAUGUGAUUGCCCCGAUGUUAGAUCUGAUUGAGGGUGAUGAGCUAAUAAUUGUCCCAGAUGGUCCAUUAUGGCUUGCUCCGUUUGCUGCAUUACUGAAUCCGUUUUCCAAAUACUUGUGCGAAUCAUUCAAAGUCAGAUUAAUUCCUUCGCUGACAAGUUUGAAAAUUAUUGCUCACUGUUCAAAAUUCCACAGCAGUAGUGGAGCUCUAGUUGUAGGAGAUCCAGACAUGAGUGAAGUUACAAACAGCCAAGGAGAUAAGAUCCUGGAGCAGCUUCCUUUUGCCAGACAAGAAACACAGAUGAUUGGGCAAAUUCUUAACACGGCACCUCUCACUGGAGAAUUGGCCACCAAAUGUGAAGUGCUAAAACAGAUUAGUUCGGUUGCCGUGGUACACAUUGCUGCACAUGGGCGCAUAGAGACCGGAGAGAUAGCGUUGAGCCCGAAUCCUGAAAGGAAAUCACAGACCCCAGCAGAAGAGGAUUACAUGUUAACAAUGGCAGAUGUGAUGAGUGUAAAGCUGAGAGCCAAGCUAGUUGUCCUUAGUUGCUGUCACAGUGGUCGGGGAGAGAUCAAAGCUGAAGGCGUGGUCGGUAUUGCUCGUGCCUUUAUUGGUGCUGGUGCUCGUUCUGUUCUGGUGUCGCUUUGGGCCAUCGAUGACGAGGCCACUUUGGAGUUCAUGAAAAACUUCUACCACAACCUUGUUGAAGGGCGAAGUGCGAGUGAGUCCCUUAACCGUGCAAUGAAAUGUCUCAGAGAAUCCGAGAAGUUCGGCGACUUAAAAUAUUGGGCGCCUUUUACACUUAUUGGCGAUGACGUCACUUUCUCGCCAAACAAGAAGAAAUCAGGCUCUUUAAAUUAA